AUUUACCUCCAAGUCAAAUUGAUCGAAUCCAUCAAUCGAAUCAAUCAAUCUGAUCGAAUCAUUCAUCAUCCAUCAUCCAUCAAUCAAUCAACCUUCAGACGAUCAAUCAAUCAAUCCUAAUUCCAACUUAUAAGUCACUCUUUUCAUUAUACCCUCUCCUCCCCCUCAAAAGUUGAUCUUUUUUUGUUUUGAUUUCGUUGUCAAUUGUAGUUUACAUUUUUUUUACAGCCCAAUUCAAUCUUCAUCAGUUUAUACCAUCCAUUCGUUCCAAUAUCACUCUAAUCAAUCAAUCAAUCAAUCAAUCAGAUCAAUCACAUCACGUCUAAUCAAGUAAGAUAUCUAAUUCGCUAAUCAAAUCAUACCCUCCACAUACCCAUAUGAGACCACGUACAGAACCACCAUUACGGUCUGAUCCUCAUGCACAUCCCCAACCUCCUCCUCCACCACAACCCCCAUCACAAUCAUCCCAACUAGAUUCCAAUAAUUCAUCUCCUCCCAAUUGGAAACCUUAUACUCAAAAUCAAUUCAAUAAUCAUCAACCUCCUCAACAUCAGGUCUCUUAUAAUCAAAUACCUAAUCAAAGAUUACCGCCGCCUCCCCCAGAUCAAAGAUUUAUUCCCAAUGAUAAUAAUAAUAAUAACAAUUAUCAACAACAACAACAACAACGUAUACCUUAUCAUACUCGUCAACCUUCAAAUCCAAAUCAAUCACCUCAAAUACAAUCACAAAUACAACCUCAAGUACAACAAAUACAACAAGUACAAGGACAACCACCUAAUAAAAAUUGGACUCAAUUAAUCCCUCCUAUGCCUUCAAGACCUCAACCUUCCUAUUCCACAUCAUCUUCAUCUAUAAGGCACGAUUCAAAUGAUACCUUCAAUUUCCUGCCUUCAAAUAUAUCAUCCAAUACUACUAAUUCUUCAAAAGAUACUAAAAAUGAUGAUUUACCCCCACAAUCUCAAAUUCAAUCUCAAUCACAUCAUAAAUCAAAAGCAAAGAAAUUUUGUAAUAAAUGUGGAUUGGAAAUAACGGCUCAAUUCGUUCGUGCCAUGCAAAAGGCUUUCCAUUUAGAAUGUUUUGUAUGUGAUGAAUGUGGUAAUGAAUGUUCAUCAAAAUUCUUUACAUUUGAUAAAAUUGAUCCUAAAACAGGAUUAAAAAUUCAAGUUCCAUUAUGUGAUUAUGAUUAUUUUAAAAAUUUGGAUUUAAUUUGUUUUGAUUGUAAUCAAGGUAUUAGAGGUAGAUAUAUUACGGCUUUAGGUCAUAAAUAUCAUGUUGAACAUUUUAGAUGUGCUACGGAUAAUCGAGUAUUUGAUGCGGUUGAAACUUAUAUUGAACAUGAAGAUAAUGUUUAUUGUCAUUUCCAUUAUUCAAAAUUAUUUGCUGCUCAUUGUCCCGCUUGUAAUUCAUCAGUAGUAAAACAAUAUGUUGAAUUAUAUCGAGGUGGUAAAAAACAACAAUGGCAUCCUGAAUGUUAUAUGAUUUAUAAAUUUUAUAAUGUUUGUAUUACAGCUGAAUCAGUAGGUUUACAAACAUUAUAUAAUAUUAAACAAGAAGAUAUUCCCAAUAUUUAUAAUGAAGAAUUUAAUUUUGAUUCAAAUCAAUUUUUAUCUAUUGAACAACAAAUUGAAAAUGUGGUAAUGAAAUCUUGGUUAACGUUAUGUAAUUAUGAAGAAACAACUGCCAGUUGUAUUAGUGAUAUGUUAUUAAAAGCUAAUUUAUCAGAUCAAGUAAAUGGUUUAAUUACUACGGGGAAAUUGAUUGUUAAUGUUGAAAUAUUAUUUAAUGCGGUUGAUUAUAUUCUAAAGUUUUGUGAAUCAUCUAAUUUACCUCCUCAACCUCAACCUCAACCUCAAAUCCAAUCUCAAUUACCAUCAGCUCAACAAUUUGAUGAUCUGGAAUCAUCAAUAAAUGCAUUAGAACAAGAUUAUUUUCAACCUUUAAAGAAAGAAGCUAGAAAUAUUUCAGGAAAAAUCAUGAGUUAUUUAGCUAUUUUAAGAAAAUCAUCGAAAUUAUCAAAAUCAGGUAGUUUAUCAGGAGAAUUAUUAUCAGUUAUAACUGGGUUAGCUCAUUAUCUUAAAUUAUUAAUUCGAAUUGGGUUAAACAAUGCCCUUAAAUUAAAUAAAUUACAGGGUUCAACUGAAGCAACAGAUACAUUUUUAAAAUUAAUUUCCAAUCCAUUCGAAUUAGAAUCGCAAAAUUUAUCAUUAAUGAUUUCAAAAUUAUCAAUUCCAGCAAAAUGUUCGGAUGCUUGUUUUACAUGUACUAAAAGUAUUGAAAAAUCAUGUAUUAAAUUUGAGAAACAUAGAUGGCAUUUACAUUGUUUUAAAUGUUCAAAUUGUUCAAAGAAUAUCCCCGUACUGGAAUUAAAUCGUAGUGGGAUUAAUUCUAAGAAUUUAAAUAUUUAUUGUCAAGAAUGUCAAAGUUUUACCGAUAAUCUUGUUAAGGGGAAAUUUGAACUUGUAAGUGAUUUAUCUCAAUUAAUUUAUUUAUUAAAGAUUGCCCUUUCAAGAUCAAAAGCAGUUAUGAAAAUUGAUUUUAAUAAAUCAUCAGGAUCUAGUCAAUCACAACCAUCACAGCAACAACAAAACUAUAAUAAUUAUGCCACUUCACAAGAACCUCAACAACAACAACAAUUCCUUCAACCUCCUCAACCAGUUAAACCUGUCGAUGAACAAUCUACAUCACAAGAAGAUACUGAACUUAAUUAUUCAAAUACUUUAUCCAAUAUUAAACGUCUUAAAUCAAGACGUGAAAGUCAAAAAUUAUCAAAUUCCUUAAAACAAAAUGCUCGUAAAUCAAUUAUUUUAGAUGCUCCUGAAGCUGAAUAUGCCAGACCUGAUGAAAUUUCCAAUAAUACUAGUAGUACUGAUGAAUAUAUUUCUGAGAAUGGUCGUAAACAAAGUACAACAUCUGAAAAAUCUUAUGAAAUUUCGAGUUCAGAAAAUCUUUCCAUUAAGAAAGCUAUGAAAAUUAGAACUGAUUCAAGUCCAAAUAAUAAUAAUAAUAAUAAUAAUCAUUUAGUUCGUACAUCUGAUUUAUUAAAGAAUGAACAAUCAUUAACUUUAGAUGAUAUUCCAAGAAUUGUGGCUGCUGAACAAGCUCGUGAUCAAAGACCUAAUGCAUUUAAACAUCAUCGAUCAUUAUAUCAAAAACCUCAAGUUAAUACUAAAUCGAGUCCAUUAAUUAAUCCAAGUCAUGCUUUAGAUAAUAUUUUGAAUAGUCCGGUUAAUAAAGAAGAACCAGUGAAACGAAUUAAAUAUUAUAGUGAAUUAAGUAAAGAUGAACAUUUUAUUAUGAGACAUAUAUCAGUGGAAGCUUUAUUACAAUUAAAUGCUACUAAAUUUAAUAAAGAUGAAUUAUUAUCUUAUAUUCAACUUAAAAAACAAUCUAAUUUUUGGGAUAAAUUUAAAUUUGGAGGUGGAAAUGGUAAUGGGAAUAAUAAGAAAGAUAUUGUUGGAGUAUUUGGAGUUGAAUUAAAAGAUUUAACUAAAAAGUAUGGUAUUGAUUCUGAUUUAGGAGUUGGACCAUCUAAAUUAAGAAUUCCAAUUGUGGUUGAUGAUAUUAUUAAUGCUUUAAAACAAAAGGAUAUGUCAGUUGAAGGUAUUUAUCGAUUAAAUGGUAAUAUUAAGAAAUUAAAAUUAUUAAUUGAACAAAUUAAUAAGAAUCCUUUACGAUCACCUGAUUUUAGUAUUCAAACUGCAGUUCAAUUAGCAGCAUUAAUGAAACGAUGGUUAAGAGAUUUACCAAAUCCAUUAUUAACUUUUAAUCUUUAUGAACUUUGGAUUUCAUCUCAAAGAGAAGUUAAUCCAGUGAUAAAAAAUCGGAUCUUACAAUUAACUUAUUGUUUAUUACCUCGUAGUAAUCGAAAUUUGGUUGAAGUUUUACUUUAUUUUUUUAAUUGGGUUGCAUCAUUUGCUGAAAUUGAUGAAGAAACAGGUUCUAAAAUGGAUACUCAUAAUUUAGCUACUGUUAUUGCACCAAAUAUUUUAUAUGCUAAAUCAGUUCAAACUAAUGGAGGAGUUAAUGGAUCUAAUGGUAGUAAUCCAAAUGUUGCAGUUCUUGAUUUAAAUAAUCCUCAAUCUGGAGAUACUUAUUUCUUAGCUAUUGAAGUUGUUAAUCAAUUAAUUGAAACUCAUGAAGAAUUAAGUAUUAUUCCUGAAGAUAUUUUAAAAUUUUAUGAUAAAUGUGGAUUUUCAAAUUUAAUUGAUACUAAUAAUAUUAGUAGUAAAGAAAUUAUGAAUAAGAUUGAAAAGACAUUAAGGGAAGAUGUUAACUUUUUUGAGAUUAAUUUAUUAAAGCAACAACAACAAAAUAAUAAAGAACCUUCAAAGCAAGAAGUUAAACGAUUAGUAUCGAAGAAUAGUAGUAGUAUGGCUCCAUCAUCAUCCACUAAAGUUGAAAUCCAAGGUGAUUCGACAGUGGAUAAUCAAAUUUUAUUUAAUCAAAGUGAAGCUCCAUCUAUAAAUCCAUAAUGUGGUCAGUCAGUCUGUCAAUCAGUCAGUAUAUAGCUUGUUCCCAACCGAAAAGGAUGAUCUUUCAAAGAAAAAAAUUUCAUUGUUUUAUUAAUUAUCAUUCAUUCAUUCAUUCAAUCCUUUUCAUUAAUUUAUUCUAUUAAUUAUAUUAUCUUGUCUCUCUGUACUCUUCCCUUUCCCUUUCCCUUUCCCUUUCCCUUUCCCUUUC